CCUUUUCAGAUUUGAUGGAAUAUUACAGCGUUUCAGGAAAGAAAUGUCCAAAUUCCAGAAGAGAUUUGUAACUGCUGGGUUGAAUUGAAACGCAUUUAGUGUGCAUCCACAAUUGCAGCCUUUGUUGUCCGAAUGAGAGGACUCUUUCUUCCAGACGGAUGACCUCUCUUUUUCCUCACUGGCCCUGGCACUGCUGACACCAGAUCAGCAGCCGUUUCUCUCUUUCUCUCUCUGUAUUUAUUGUCUUUCUUUAUCAAAGUCCAUGAGCGGGAUCUCAGACUGAUAAACAGUGUGUUGAUGUCUGUGUCAGGACUACGAGAGCUUGAUGGAAUCUAUUUCCUGUUGGAUGUGCUGAGAGAUCCUGGUGUUAUGAAGAAAGAGGGAUAAACAGCAGAGAGCUGCUUAAUGCACGGAAACUGAAAAAACAUCUCUAUCCCACAUCUGCUGCAGGAGUAUCUGUUGAAGAUGUGAAACUGAAGACACAAACACUCGAACACUUCUCAAGAGGCCAGAGAUUAUAAAAGACAUGCCGAAGAGAAAGGAUGUCCUGGCACUCAUUUUAAUUGUAUUACCGUGGACUUUACUCAUCACGCUUUGGCAUCAACGUGCUGGAAAUCCACUUCUGCCGAUACCUAGAGAUAACAGAACCGGGACAAGUAAAGCUCACCAGAGAAGCUUUAGGCUCCAGAAGCCCUGUCUGUCGGAGAACAAGCACAUCCCUGAAGUCACCCGUAUGAAGUCCAUCCACAGCCGCUCUCCAGCAUGGAGCAACGCUUUACCAACUCUCCACAUAAUAACACCAACCUACAGCAGGCCGGUCCAGAAAGCAGAGCUGACCAGACUCGCCAACACUCUUCUGCAUGUCCCAAACCUUCACUGGCUGCUGGUGGAGGACUCGGCACAGAAAACUCCGCUCGUGUCCCGACUUUUGGAGAACAGCAGACUCAAUUACACACACUUGAAUGUCGAGACGCCUCCGAACCUCAAAGUGCAACGGACGAAAUUUAGAAAUGCACGCAUCCCUCGUGGCACCAUGCAGAGGAACCUGGCUCUCCGCUGGCUGCGGGCGAACAUUGGCCCACGCUUGGGACAGUCAGGAGUCGUGUAUUUUGCAGAUGAUGAUAACACGUAUAGUUUGGAGCUGUUUGAGGAGAUGCGCUGGACUCAUAAAGCAUCAGUCUGGCCAGUUGCCUUCGUCGGAGGUCUCCGGUACGAAUCGCCCAAAAUCAACUCUCAGGGCAAAGUGUCCGGCUGGAGGACGGUUUUUGACCCUCGCCGACCUUUCGCCAUCGACAUGGCUGGGUUUGCCGUGAACCUUCAACUCAUCCUGAGCAAGCCACAGGCCUACUUUAAGUUAAAAGGGGUAAAAGGUGGAUAUCAGGAGAGCAGUCUGUUACAGGACCUGGUCACCCUCAGUGACCUGGAGCCCAAAGCUGAUAACUGCACAAAGGUUCUGGUUUGGCACACUCGAACAGAAAGACCCUUGCUAGUGAAUGAAGGAAAAAAAGGAUUCACAGAUGGCAGGGUGGAAGUAUGAUGAACUGUUUCUAUGUUGUUUUUAAGCAGAAUAAUACAGAGUAUCAUGACAAAUCCUGAUUAUUUAUUGCACUGAAUUUAAAGUGUCCGGCUGGAAACAUUGAGAACAACUCCUUACGAAGUACAAUUCCUGCAGUCAAAAGCCUUGUAUCUUUAUAACAUCUUCAUUUAUCCCAGAAAAAUGCAAUGGAGAACAGUCAUUCUCAUGGAGGGAAAUAACUACUCGACCUCUGCAUUGAAUCACAGUCUGGUCUGAGUCAGCACUAACUGCCAGAAGACACAGUUAGUCUACUGAUAUUUGGCAGUCAGAUUGGCAUCAGCUCUGUUUUUGUUAGCUUCACAAUAUAAUUCUGUCCACUCGGAUGAUCUCAGACCAGUUUGACAUUUCAGUUUGACAAUUUUAGCUAAGCACAUGUUUCUCUGAGAGUUCAGCGGUUAUGGAUAUACAAAGUAGUACACAAGGACACAUUAAUAAACUGUUUUACUCCAGUCAAAGUAUUAGGUAGGUCUGUUAAUUUUUUUAAUCUACUAUUUAAAAUAGUACUGAUUGAUGAAUGUUUAUUUGUUUUGUAAAACUGACAGCUACUGUUGAAAAUUCAAGUGCGCAAACAAGUAAAAAUAUAUCAUAUAGCAAAACAAAUAUUCAAAAUAAAAUGUGUGUAAAUGUGUGCUGGCAAAUCUAAACAGACAAUAUUAAAACAGAUUGCUACUGAGCAAAUUAGGGUAACAGUAUUGGAAGAACGCUAUGCAAACAUGUUAGUUUUAAUAUCUAUUUAUUUCUACAGAAACAGGAGGAUGCGUGGGCCAUUGGUAGAUUUCGGAGACCAAAGACUCACUCUGAGCUAAUCAUUUGAACUAGUGAUUCAUGAACUGGAGACUCACUCUGAGCUAAUCAUUUGAACUAGUGAUUCAUGAACUGGAGACUCACUCUGAGCUAAUCAUUUGAACUAGUGAUUCAUGAACUGGAGACUCACUCUGAGCUAAUCAUUUGAACUAGUGAUUCAUGAACCAGAGACUUAAGCUGCGUCCCAAAUCACAUACUUAUGCACUAUUCUACGCCAUUUUGUGGUACAAAUAGUGUAAGUAGUGCGUUCACACUGAAA